AGUGUUAGUCCAUUAGUUUCCAACAUCCCGCAAUUUCACAAUUGUAACCCCACUCUUUGGAACCGAAGCUUCAACUAAUUUACAAUGGAUUUAGAACAAAAAAUUGCCUUCAUGGAGCAAGCCUUGAGCAGCCUUCAAGUUGAAUAUGCUAAGGCUCAAUCAUCUGAUAACGAACAAUCCAAGCGUCAAAUUCAAUACAAUACUCAAUUUUUUGACAAAUAUGCCGAGGAAUACAUUGAUUUUACAUACAAGAACCCAACCAUCUACCAUGUGGUUGACACUGUGAGUUCUGAACUCUCAGCCGCUGGAUUUAAGUAUGUUUCUGAAAGAGAUUCUUGGGAAGAUUUGACUCCAGGUAAGUACUAUACCAAGAGAAAUGGUUCUGCCCUUAUUGCCUUUGUUGUUGGUAAGGACUGGACCCCAGAAAAGGGUGUUGGUAUAAUUGGAGCCCAUAUUGAUGCCUUGACCGUUGUUUUGAAGCCAAACUCUUCCAAGGCUACUGUUGAAGGAUAUGAAUUAUUGGGAGUUGCAGCUUAUUCUGGAGCAUUAACUGACUUAUGGUGGGAUAGAGAUUUAGGAAUUGGUGGACGUCUUUUAGUCAAGGACUCCAAGACUUCUAAAAUUGAACAAAAAUUGGUUGAUUCUACUCCUCAUCCAAUUGCUCAUAUUCCAACUUUGGCUCCACAUUUCGGUGCUCCUGCCAAGGGACCAUUCAAUCCAGAAACCCAAGCUGUCCCAGUUAUUGGAUUUUCUGGUGAAGAUGACGAGGAAGAGGCUCCAGCAACUGAUGCUGAAAAGGCUUCUCCAUUAUACGGUAAACAUUCAUUAAAAUUACUUAGAUACAUUGCUAAACUUGCCAAGGUUAAUGUUGAAGAUAUUCUUCAAUGGGAUUUACAAUUGUAUGAUAUCCAAAAGGGUACUAGAGGUGGAUUGAAGAAGGAAUUCAUUUUUGCACCAAGAAUUGACGAUAGAAUCUGUUCAUUUGCUGCUUACAAGUCAUUGAUUGAAGCUGAUGCCAAUUCUUUACUCCCAUCUGAUGGAUUUUCCAUUGUUGGUUUGUUUGAUAAUGAAGAAAUUGGAUCUGCUACAAGACAAGGUAUUAAGGGACAAUUGAUUGAACUGGUUAUUGGUAGAGUUAUUUCUUCCAAGAGUUUCAAUGGAAAGGCUGAUUCUCAAGAACAAAUUAGAUUAACUUAUGGUAACACCAUUAUUCUUUCUGCUGAUGUUAAUCAUCUCUAUAAUCCAAACUUUGAUAGUGUAUAUUUGGAACAUUUUAAGCCAGUUCCAAACAAGGGAUUGUCCAUCGCUCUUGAUCCAAACGGACACAUGGCCACUGAUUCCAUUGGAUUGUCACUUGUUGAGCAAUUGGCAAAGAAAAAUGGAGACAAGGUUCAAUAUUUCCAUAUUAGAAAUGAUUCUCGUUCAGGAGGAACCAUUGGUCCAUCUAUUUCUUUACAAACAGGUGCAAGAACCAUUGAUCUCGGAAUUCCUCAACUUUCCAUGCAUUCCAUUAGAGCCACUGCUGGUGCAAAGGAUGUUGGAAAUGGUGUUAAGUUCUUUACUGGGUUCUUUUCUAAUUGGAGAGAAACCUAUGAUAACUUUGAUGAUUUGUAAAAAAAAAAAAGAAUUAAGUUAACAAACAGAGAAGGAAGUAGAACAAAAAAAAAGGUUGUUUUUACAUUAACAGAUAUAAACUAGAUAUAUGAUA